GUCUGUCUGUUACAUUGUGUCCAUUUCAUCCGGCGAAACUGAUUUGGAUACAUUUCAGCCGCGUUACAUUGUAUCCCGGUCCGCUGUUACUUUCCUGAGAGAGACCGAGAGGGAGAGGGAGAGGGAGAGGGAGAGUGGGGAAUCGAGUCGGUUUAAGGAGAAGGAAAGCGUACCCUGGAUCAGGGGGUGAAAUAGUUCGACACAUGGCUCGCAAAGCGGUUGCGAGCGCCCCCAGCCCCGGGCUGGAUCGCCGCCGGAUCGGGGAGAGGCUGGAAGCCAGCCUGGCCGGCUUGCAGGAGCUGCGGCUUCUCCGGGAGAGACACCGGGAGACCAUCCAGAGGCUGCUGAAAGGACAGGAGGAGGAGGAGGAGGAGGAGGAGGUGAUGGAGGACGAAGAAGACGUGGAAGAGGAGGCAACAAGCGGGGGACCCGGGAUCAAAACCCCAGAGGGACUGCAGCAUCCGGCUGGAGCAACAGGUCGCGCCGAGCAGACUCGCUCACUGGCUCCCGGUCACCCCGAGCGACGGCGGAGUCCUACCCAGCCCGUGGCUGUGAUUUUUUCGGGGGCACCGAUCGACGACCAGCCCCGUGAACCCCCUGGUGACCCCUCCACCCCCGGGGAACCCCGUCCCUCUCCGCUAACGGGGGACGAAGCCAGUGUCCAGCGACCCCUGUCCGCUGAGGUGGCCAAAGCCCCCGGUCUGACACGGGGGGCGAGAGUGGAUCGGCUGGCGGAGUUGCCCCCCAUCUCCGUGGGUUUGGAGCGACUCGGGUCAGGGAUACUGCUCACUGACAGUCCAGUGGAAAAUCUCGACUCGGAUUCC